CCUGACAAUAUGAAUGGCAACAUUUAUUGUUCGUCUUCUUCCCAAGACAGUAGCAACUUUGUGGUUUCUGAACCCCUGCCUCUGGAAAAGUCCUUGUAUAGUUUUCGUUCGCCUUUAAAUUUAAUGGAAAACGUAGUCGGUAGUAAUACCAUCACAUGAAGAGGAGUUGGAAACGCAGUACUUCGUUUAACAUCGCGUUGAUCGAGGCUAACAGUUGAGCCUGACCCACGGACCGGAGGUGGUGUGACAGGAGAGUGGGCUCUCCAACUGGGCUGGGCUGGAGAUGGGGGAUCCGGAGCCUCCAGAGUUUGGGUCCCUGGAGGAGGAGCUGGAGUACUGGAAGGAACAGGCUGCCAUGCACCAACAGAGCGCACAGGAAGCCCAGGAGGAGCUGCAGGAGUUUCAGCAGAUGAGUCGGGACUACGAGGUGGAGCUGGAGACGGAGCUGAAACAGUGCGAGGAGCGAAACCGAGAGCUUCUCGUCGCCAACAGCCGCCUCAAGAUGGAACUGGAAAACUACAAGGAGAAGUACGAGAUGCAGCACGCUGAGGCGUACCGGCAGAUCUCCAGCCUGGAGGGGGACCUGGCUGAGAGCACAGCCAUCAGAGACCAGCUUCACAAGUACAUCAGAGAGCUGGAGCAGGCCAACGACGACCUGGAGAGGACCAAGAGGGCCACCAUCAUGUCACUGGAGGACUUUGAGCAGAGGAUGAACCAGGUGAUAGAGAGGAACGCCUUCCUGGAGAGCGAGCUGGACGAGAAGGAGAAUCUGCUGGAGUCCGUCCAGAGGCUGAAGGACGAGGCCAGAGACCUGAGACAGGAGCUCGCCGUGCAGCAGAAGCAGCAGGUUCAGGACAGGAAGCCGUCCCUCAGCGGUGCUGUCAAAGAGCCUUCCUCCUCUUCAUCCUCCUCAUCCUUGGCUGGUUUGCCCACGCCGCCCCUCACCCCCCCAGACAAAAGAAGUGAGGACAAAACCACGUCCUCCUCCUCUAACCAACCUGCCCCUGCUGCCAGCACGCCAUCCAGGCCUCCAGCGUCAGCGGAGAGCUUCACCACGCCGCUGCCCUCCGCCAGCGCAGGUGAAAGCCUCUCGGGGACCCCUCUCACCUCGUCGGCGAGAAUCUCGGCUCUGAACAUCGUCGGAGAGCUGCUGAGAAAAGUCGGGAACCUGGAGUCCAAACUGGCGUCGUGUCGGGAGUACGUCCACGAGCAGACGGCGAACCGCAGAGGCAACGCUGGAGGCCAGGGGGCGCCGACGGGCCACAGCAGCUCCUCAGAGACCCACCCUACCAACGGCCUCUACAACAAGGGGCUGGUGAAGAGGUUAGACUUCGGAGCGGGACCCAAGCUGCUGCUGUGAAGGUCAAAACGUCCUCCACCUCGAUCCUUCGCCCUCCUCUGAGCUGCUCCUUCCCUCUGCCCGUCCAGCCUGGAUCUCCCGGACAUUUAAUGGUACUGCGUGUUGUCAUACGGUCAUACGCUCCGACCCUGAGCUGCACUGAUGGAACAGACGGAUGCGUUGCUGCGGACGCUUUGGGAUGUCAGUCACAGGUUCGGUGUGUUUAUUAGCAGGACUUCAGCACUCGCACUUAGCUCGGAUUAACGCACCUCUCUUAGUUUAGUUUUUACUCUAAAAAUGUGUCAAGACUGAGCAUAAAGUGAAUUUUAGAGACCGCAAGAUGGUUUUUUGUCCCUGUUCCCGUGUGUGUCAACCUCUGACACAGACAGACGGCAGAGGACAGAGACGAGGCCUGUAAGUGACACCACAGCACAGCAGGGACCGCCGUGGUACAAACAUUUUCUGUCUGCGGGACACUAACUGAUCCGUCCAGGACCCGUGAAGUGAGAGUUAAUCACACCAGACCAGACUUCUGCAGCGUCAGGUUCACUGGUCCAACCUGCACAGCUAAACCAAAGUGACAGAUCUGCUUCAUGUUUAGUUUGAACACACCUUAAAGGCGUCGGACUGCCGAACGCUCAAAGGCCACUUUGGCCUACAUAGGAGAGUUAAAUUGUACUUUUAAAGUGUUGGCCAACCCAGUCAGUCCCGUCCUUUUGUCUUCAUAAAACCACUUUGUCAGGUCUGGUUUUUACACAAGAAGCCUCCUCAGUUUGUUGAAUGAGGAGUUGGUGAGAAAGCAGAGAAUAAUCUGACGAAACUGUGGUCCUUAGUAGUUUUACUUUAUUACAGAUGAAUUAGUUUCCUAACCAUAGAUGGCAGGAAACAGAUUAAGUGCUUACUGGAGUCGGAGACCCGCGAGGAGCUGAUCUGGACUCUCGUCAGUCUGUCUGUGAGGGUCAAGGUUUGAGUGAAGCCUUCAGCAGAGUGAAAUCACACAAAGUUGUUUGGAGAAAUGCUGACUUGGCCUUUCAAAAGACACGUUUUUCAUGGUCGGUCUUGCCAGCAUCAAGUUCUCGUCAGUGGAUCUGCGCGUUAAAGCUGCCUUAAUUAAUCUGUGUUGGGAAAGCGAUGCAGAGGUUGAACACCAGCCGUGCAGCUCUGAGCUUUUUGGCCUCACUCGGCUCUGAGCUUCCGUCGUCCGCUGUGUGAUUGACUCUGAGCUUUCUGUCAGAAAAAUUAAUUUUGACCCUCAACAAGGAAGUGUUUUUUUUUCUUUUUUCUGUUUCUUCUAAAUGACUCGAUUGGCUCUUCGCCCUGCUGGACUGAGGAGACGUCACUUCUGUGUUAAAGUGUGUUCAGCUCUCAGCUUCUGCCUUGUCGCGUUGAGGCUGAUCUGAUCUGAGUUUCAUCCAGCUGACAGGCGAAGUCCCUCCCCUUCAGUUUCGUCACCGUGGGACCUUAUUUCAGAACAAAUGUGUUGUCAUCAUGGCCAGACUUGUAGUGAUUUUUAGUUCUUUUUAUACGUUUUGUGUGCCAAGCUGCCGGCCGUGUUGGUGUUCGUAUUGCCAGAGACGAACGAUGAAGUUCACUGAGCAGUUUCACACGGGACUAAGUGAUAAUUUACUCACUUUUUACUGUCUUUAUGACAGACUGCGACUGCCUUGACCUGCAAACAAACAUCACUCGUACAGUUCAGACUGGUUCAUGAGAUUAAAUAUAAUAUAGUUAUAUAGGAGAUAAGGUCCCGUUGGGAUAGCAGAGGGGGCGGGGCUUCGCCUCCCUGUGCUGACUCAAGACACAACUUGGCUCCUCCCAGCUUUCCUUCUAACACCCUGAACAUCAAAAUCUAAUGUGCACAGGCCAUGUGCACAUCAGCUCAUGUUCAUGAAUUAUUUCAGAUGUUAAUGAGCACAUGACCUUCCCUUUAGCGCCACCCGCAGGUCAAACUGCACAUCUCCAGCUCUGCUACCGAGGAGGCUUUAAGAGGAGAAAACCACCACUGUGUUGUUUGUUCUGAUUCUUUACUUGUUCUACGUGGCGACAUUUGAGCCUUAAAUGUUUGGUGUUGUUCUGGCUUCGCACCAUCGCAGGGUGGAGGCACCUUUUUAAGGCUUUUAAGGUAAACGAAUCCGACUGCAGAGCUCGACUUCUGUCUCCCCAGGAGUGAAAUACGUCUUCUGUUCGUGAGGAGAAAUGAAUACUUCAGUGAAGGCUACUCGUGUUUUAUGUUAAAAAGAAAAAGUACGUAAUAGUUUAGUGUUUGAAUACUGUAGUUCACUAACGUAGGCUGAGCUUCAGUGGCGUCUGUAGGCACCUUUAAUGUGAAGGUCGGAGGUCAGCGGGAGGAAUAUCGUGAGGUUUGGUGUUUUUUAUGUGCUGAUCUUUGUCUUCCUUCAGCUGCUUCUGUUUCUGAAAAGGCAAUAAAACUUGAAAUGCGAAAAAUGAAAA